GGGUGCGCCGCACAGCUCCUGUCUCGGUCGCUGCUUCCGGUGCUAGGUGGAAAGAAGGAAGGAGGGAGUCGGGGUGCGGGCCAGGGGAGCAGCCUCGGUGAACUAGGCUUGGAGAGCCGGAGAGCCGAGUGAGAGGCAAGUGGAACUUGCGGGGGCGGAGGCGGUGGUAGCAGCGGCGGAGCUGGGAGCAGGAACAGGAUCAAAUCCUCCAUACCAGGCACCAGGCUGCCACUGCCUCCACUUGGGCCCCACUAUCCUUAGAGAGAAGCUGCUGUGAUCAUGGGCAAUAUCUUUGGAAACCUUCUCAAGAGCUUGAUUGGGAAGAAGGAGAUGCGCAUCCUGAUGGUGGGUCUGGAUGCUGCUGGAAAGACCACUAUCCUGUACAAGCUGAAACUAGGGGAGAUUGUCACCACCAUCCCCACCAUCGGGUUUAACGUGGAAACAGUAGAGUAUAAGAAUAUCAGCUUCACAGUGUGGGAUGUAGGUGGCCAGGACAAGAUUCGGCCCCUCUGGAGGCACUACUUCCAGAACACCCAAGGCUUGAUAUUUGUGGUCGACAGCAAUGAUCGGGAACGAGUAAAUGAGGCCCGGGAAGAGCUGAUGAGGAUGCUGGCAGAGGACGAGCUCAGGGAUGCUGUGCUUCUUGUAUUUGCAAAUAAACAGGAUCUGCCGAAUGCUAUGAAUGCUGCUGAGAUCACAGACAAGCUGGGCCUGCAUUCCCUGCGUCAUCGCAACUGGUACAUUCAGGCCACCUGUGCCACCAGUGGGGAUGGGCUGUAUGAAGGCCUGGACUGGCUGGCCAAUCAGCUCAAAAACAAGAAGUGAGAGAGAGCCAGAGUGCCCUAUCCAACCGCCCCACCCAUCCCUGACAUACCCAUUGUCUCCCUGCCCCAGCCCUACCCCUCUCCAUUGCAAGUGUGGCCAGGGCCUUGGGUAUCAUGUCCGCAUGCCCAGCAAGAGCCUUGCCUCCCCUGCCUCCCCUUCUCUCCCCUUUCCAUCGACAUGACCAGUCCUCAAUUGCUGUCUUGAUGAUGAGUCAUUCCAAUUUACUGGAUUUAAAACAAAAAUAAGGUUGUUAUGGUAUCAUGGGGUAGCCCCUCUCUUUCUCUCACCCUCUGGGUUUUGGGAGGUGGGGUGGGAUAUCUCCGUUUGCUUCAUUGGCGCUGGUUGUUGGGCUCUUGGCAUCUGAGUCUGCCACAGUCCCCUCUCCUAUUUCCUGUCUUCCUUUUUUUGUCACCCUCCUGUUGUACAUGGAAAGUACACGGGCCUCUCUGUGUGUGUGCACGUGUGCGCCUGUAUAUAUAUGUAUAGAGAGAUAUAUAUGUGGGAGCCAGGGGGAAUAGGGAGGGGGUGGAGUGCAGCUCAGGGCUUGCAGCCAGGACACUGCCCACCGGAGCUCAUCCCUGCUCCAUCCUUGCUGGUGAGGUAAAGGGAAGCAGGUGAGAGGGUUUUGGGCGGGCAGGACUGCCCUCUCUUUUUCUGUCUGCAAGUGGGUGUUGCUGGAUCGCAGGACAGAUGAUGGAUUCUCUGCCACCAUCUUCCUUAUACCCCUUUCUCUCUACCUUUCUCAGGGCAGGGACUGGCAUUUCUCUCUAGAUGACUGUUCCCAAGGAGAUGCCAUUCUGCUCUGCCUUGUUAGUGGGAAGGAAGAGGAACCCACGCACACUUAUGAGCCCAGAGCAUUUAACAGACCCUCCCCCACCACCCUUAGAUCUGUUCUCUGGAGCUUGAGGGGGAGUUGGGGAUAGCAAGACCCAUGUGUGUUUGAGACCCGGGACCCCCAGGUGGGUUUUGGUGCCAUGGGGGAGGCCUUGGGUUUUCUGCUCCAUUCUCUUGUUACUAGGAGAAGGUGAGGCCUGGGUCAGUUUUAUUCCUCCCUUCCUGUGUCCUCCCCUUUGAUCUUGGGGGCUGGGUAGUUUCUUUGUACUUUUGUUAGUCUUCUCACAUUAGCAGCCCUGCUGGCCUAUCAGGGCUGAGUGGUAGAAGAAGCUUCAACAUUGGGGUUAAGAUAGCAGGCCUCAACAUCAACCCUUCUGUUGUCCAAUUUUCUAUCUUUUCCUAGUCUGGGAUGAGCUAAAGGCUGAAGGUUUCUUGUUGUUUUGAAGCCCUCAGACCAUCCUUGCUGUUCCCUCCAUUCCAACAGCUUUCCCAUCUUCCUCACAUACUUCCCAUACAUGGAGGUUGGAGUGGAGGAAGGUGGAUCCUAAGUGGUUGUUGGUGCUGGUGAGAUGCAGUGGUCUUCAGGGCCCUCCUUCCAUUAUUAUGUAGUUGUUCAAAAGCUGCUGCUACUUGUGUCCCUGUCUACAGAGGGCGCUUGUUCCUGAAAUCCUGGCGUGGGUCCUGAUUUCUGCGGUUUCUGUGAAGCCGUGGCUGUUCUGUGGGCUCCUGUGUGUGCUGGCUGCGCCCUGAGCUCCAAGACAGCUGCCCAUACUUUUUUGCUAAUAUCAGGGGCCAGGGACCCCACAGCAUGGCUGAGGGACCCUUUCCCAGAAAGGAUGUCCCAAGCCCCACAGCAUGGGGCCAGACUUCCUGUCCUGUCCCACUCAGACUGAACUGUGAGAAGUUCCAGGGGUGACUCCCUCAGUGCCAGUUACUUGGUGAUGUGUUACUUACCCAAGACGCAGUGAAUGCAGGUUUCUUGCUCCCUAGGCCUGUGUGUGUGUGUGUGUGUGUUUAUGCACGUGCGUGCUUGCAUUUGAUGUGUAUGUAUGAGAGUGCUGGAGAAGUUGUUUCAUUUUAAAAUGGGUUCACUCUUCUGACCCCACAGAACCUUCCCUCCGUACUUUUUCUUUGCUCUUUCUAAUGUUGUGCUGUCCUCUCCCGGUUACCUUUCUUUCUCUGAACUCUUUCCUUGCCUUCUAAGUUUAUUCACUGCUAUUGCUUGUUUGUCUGUGCCCCUCCCCCGCCCUAUUUAUGAUUCCCCAUUCUGUAUCUUUUGGUUGGUGAGGACUGUGCCUCUUCUCCUGCCUCACUCCUUCUCUGACCCUUCCUAGUUAGAUGCCAGUUUUAGAUAGGUUUCCUCAUUCCAGACCUCACCUCUAUCUUUCUUGUCCUCCAGAGCCGAAUCUGGGCUGAGGGUGUUAAGCAGCGCUGGAGGUUACCAUCCUGCUGCUCCAGGUUUUUCCAGAAGGGGGCAGCAAGCGAUCUUGUUUGCAUCCUUGGCUGCAGACCCUUGGGAAGGGGUGGUCCUUUAUACAUUCCUGUUUACCUAAUAGCUCUUUUGGAAUUGAGUGUUUUAUUCCAUUUCUGCCCAUUACCUCUCCUGCUCGCCUCAGGUGGGUUUACUUUUAUGCUUUCCCCGUUUCAGCUUUUUUCUUCCUGGGAACUGCCCCUCCCCCUCCCUCCAAAGUUUGUGGUGUUUGUAGUGGUAACUGCAGUUCUAAACUGGUUUUUCUCUUUUUUUCCUCCUCUGGAAUGUAGACUGUACAUGUUUAAUAACUCACCUUCUCUAUCCUUGCUCCGAAUGUGGGAUAACGCAAUGACUGUGACCCUGGUUGGAAAUUAAACUUGUUUUAUGCAGCUU